UCCAACAUGGCGGCCAUGGUUUGUAGAAGAAGUGUUUCCAAUGUCUUCGGUAUUUCUACUCGAAUCGCUGAAAAUCUUCGAACUUUAAAAAACCCAAAGGUUUUCCCUGCAUCAAUUCAACUGAGUCUGGGACGCAGAUUACUAAGCACAGCGGAACCAAGUGAAUCAAAUAUAAACACACCUGCACAGUUUGGUGGUCGCCAAACARUGACCCUCAUCCCUGGAGAUGGUGUUGGACCUGAGGUUGUUAACUGUGUCAAACAAAUAUUCAGGGUUACUGGAGUUCCUGUUGACUGGGAGGAAGUCAAUGUCAGUGACUUGGGAUAUGGCAACAGAUACACACUAGAGGAUGUAGUAGAGUCACUAAACAGAACUGGUGUUGCACUUAAAGGUGCACUAACAACGCCAUCAAAUAUCAAUACACAAGAUCACCUCUCCCUCAACCAACGAAUGAAAAUUGAACUUGAUCUUUUUGCCAAUGUGGUUCACUGUAGAAGCCUCAAAGGGUUCAAAACAAGGCACAAUGAUGUUGAUCUUGUUGUGAUUAGAGAACAGACUGAAGGAGAAUACAGCCACCUGGAACACGAGAGUGUUCCAGGUGUUGUGGAGAUGCUGAAGGUGAUCACAAGACAGAAGUCACAAAGAAUUGCUAAAUUUGCCUUUGAUUAUGCAACAAAACACCAGCGUAAGAAGGUUACUGCAGUACACAAAGCAAACAUCAUGAAAAAGAGUGAUGGCUUGUUUCUAAAAACUUGUGAUGAGGUUUCAAAACUCUACCCUAAAAUCAAGUUUGAGGGAAUGAUAGUAGACAACACCUGCAUGCAGCUUGUUUCCAAGCCUCAUCAGUUUGAUGUGAUGGUACUUCCCAGUCUUUAUGGCAGCAUUGUUGAUAAUGUUGGAGCAGGGUUGGUAGGAGGUGCUGGCAUUGUACCUGGCGUCAGCAUCGGCAGUCACUUUGCCCUUUUUGAACCUGGUGCACGGCAUACCUAUGCUUCUAUGGCUGGCAGGAAUGUUGCUAACCCAACAGCCAUGUUGCUUGCCGCAGUUGAUAUGCUGAAUCAUCUCAACUUGAAUUCCUAUGGCAAGCUGAUAAAGGAGGCAGUUGAAAAGACUAUAGAAUCUGGAAAGAACUUAACAAUGGACAUGGGUGGAAGUGCCAGUACCUCAGAUUUUAUGCAAGCUGUGAUAAAUAACUUGCAUCCACAUUAACUCAACUACAAUCUAGAAUUUGAAACCAGUAUAUUAUUUUAACAGCAUCAGGUUUCUGUGAAACUGCUGCAAGAUGAAUGAGAAUCUUAUAAAAUAUCAUUACAAUAAUAAUACAAGAAAAGAGGAUGUAAUUAUUAUAACGGCAAAUGUUCAAAAGACUUCCAAUAUUAAAUACUGCUAAAUUACGAAUGUCAAAAUGUUGGCAACUUCUUAAAUAAUACUGUAUUAUUUAGCCUACACAUUUCAUGUGUUGUCAUGGAAACAGUUUUGAAUCAUUUAACCUCUGGCCAUAAAAUGUGGUGUCACAAAACACCUGCAUGGCCUCUGGAUAAAGUCAGUGAGAAAUGAAACAAAAAUAGUUAUUUAAGGGGUUUUUUUCGCUAUCAAAAGGAAUCAUAUGACAAGAAGAGCGUGUUUGUUACAGAUAUAUUCCAUAAUCUCUAAAAUCUUUGAAGAUUUAAUGUGUUAAAUCUUGGAGAGAACCAUCGUGGGAACUGCCCAAGAAACUUUAUUUUAUUAAUGAACAAAACAGUAUUACAGUAGCUGGAUCUAUGAAUAGUUAAAACAAUAUACUGUCUAACAUUCAACACAUUUAAUUAAUAUCAAGAAACAAGACUGACAUGUUACUAUCAUUAUUUCAUACAAGCUACAACUAUAUACACUAACAUCAACACAUUAAUUAAAUGAAUUUGUCAAACUAAAACCUUUACUGAUAUUGAUAAGCAAUACUCAUGCAGACUUUCUCAAGUCUAAACAGAAAAGAUUCAUCACAAAAAAGUUCUACCAUGCAUCUAUAAUGUGUUAAAUGGCCUGAUUUACAAGAGCUAUUAUAUUACACAUACAUGGUAUUAAUUCAGCAAACUUUUCACUGUAUUAGUAAAGAUACAAUUUGUCUAAAUUAAUAUUAUCUCAUGGCACAAUUUAAUGAUUAUUAUGAGAUCAAGGUUUUCCUAAUUUAAGUUUAAUGUAGUAGUUCCUCCAUUACUAGUGUUAAUAUCUGCAGCAUAUUGUCACAGCAAUACAAUAUUAUAAAUGUAAUGUUGCAAAAAACUGCAGAUUAAAUGCAUCAGCCCAACUUUGAUAUUGCAAAAUGCUCCCAUAAUCUUAGGAUAUACAAGUAACUAAUAUUUAUGCUUCAAAAUCCAAUUCUCUGGCCAAAUUUUGUUGAGUGAUGAAGUUAUUCACUCAAUUUUUUACCCAUAUCUUCCAUUGUUUAUUAAUAAAAGAAAAUGUUUUUAUGGAAGGCAAAAAAUUGCAGUUAUUCGUAA